AUGACAGACGUCGAGUCGGUCAAGGCGCAUGCUGACACUCAGCCGGCUUCCCUUGCCCCUUACGCUGGCCCACCACUGCCUCCUCUCUCCACCGGCUCUCCUACACUAGACGUUACCAUCGAGGAGGAAGAGUCGUCUACGAUAAAGUGCAUCUGCGGCUUCACAGACGAUGAUGGCAACACCGUCCUCUGCGAAAAGUGCGACACCUGGCAGCACAUCGUAUGCUACUACGAGUCUCCUCAGCAUGUCCCCGACGUGCACGAGUGUACAGACUGCCUUCCACGGCCCAUCGACGCAAAACGCGCAACCGAGAAGCAGCGACAGCGCAGGGAGCUGCACAACAUCGGCGAGCGAAAAGGCAGACCGAAGACUACCACAAAGAACCCAAAGAAGCGAACCAAGGAUCCGCUUGGAUCCGUUCAGCCUAACGGCUGGCCGGUGACCAGCGAUUUGCACUACAAUCCUGAUCGCAAGAGUGGAAGUCCCCGAGACCAGCCCCCACCAAACAAGCGGCCCAAGACCAGUCAUCGCGCCUCCAACUCGAUGAACGUGGUCAGCCAAGCGCCCGCUCUCGUCCCAGCUUCGCGUAAACGGGGCGCCUCCGUCAUGAUCAAUGGCCACAGCCCUGUCAAAUCACCUACACAACCAGAUGGUCCUAUCGAGGACUACUCGUCCGAGUUCAUGAACCUAUACCGACAGCCCGAACCACCAUCAGCCGAGUCCAAUUCGUACACACGCAUCGACGUCGCCAACGAUAUCGCCAUGUGGCUCAAGGAUCCAGAAGCUCUUGCUGAAGCCAGCGGCGGGAAGAAACCACAGGACCUCUUCUCUCGAAUAGCAAACACAAUCCAGGAUCUUGAAAACUCAACAGCGCCCGAGAUCGUCAAGCAGACCGAGGUUGACUCUGGCAUAACGGCGCAUGGCCUGCACCCGCAGUGGCACUUCAUUACCGUCGAGACGCCCGUACCCGAUGGUGGGUACAUUGGCGAAUUGAAAGGUCUAAUCGGACGAAAAGCAGACUACUUCUCGGAUCCCUCAAAUCGUUGGGAUCUACUGCGACACCCAGAACCUUUCGUCUUCUUCCCUCCCUAUCUACCAAUAUACAUCGAUACACGGCGAGAAGGCAACGUCUUACGUUAUGCUAGGCGAAGUUGCGUCCCCAACAUGACAAUGAAGAUUCUCAUCGAGUCUAGCAACGAAUACCACUUUUGCUUCUUAGCCACGCGAGAAAUCGCUCCUGGCGAAGACCUUACUGUUGGCUGGGACAUCGACUCCGAAGUACAAAGACAACUCGCCAAGGUUGUCACAAACGGUGCAAAAGAAGGAUUCCGCAGAAUCCAACCGUGGGUGUCUUGUGUCCUCGCCAACUUUGGCGGCUGCGCAUGCGAUACAUCGACUGGCCAUGAGUGUCUCUUAGAGCGCGCUCGACGCAACACCAUCACGGAGCCAGCUGCAAAGACCAAGAGCAGGAAGACAAAGAAGGCUCAAGUAUCCCCUCUAAGCACAGGGCACGCGACAAACAGUCGUGCAGGCAGCGAGACUCUGAUCCGCGACGUCGCGGACGACGAUCAAAUGGACGCUCGAUCAACGUCUGGCUCGCACAAAUCCAGCAGUCGCGACAUCACACCAGCCACUCAUUUCUCGCUUGAGGGCGAUGUGAAGAUGUCCGAUCGCGAAAAGCGGAAGCUCCAGCAGCAGGAGCGCCUGUUUGAGCAACUUGAAUUUGACGAGCAACACAAGGGCAAGAAAGGCAAGAGGAACAGUGCUGGGUCCACACUCAACACACCUAGCCUCUCCUCCUCCGUAAGAAACUCUUUGCGUCCCACACUUUUCCAUGCUUACCUAGAUUCGCAGCGCCGCCUCGGACACACUGAGCCCUCGCCGUCGGCCCGGCAUCGUGAACACAGCCAUGGCGUGGCACGAAAAACGUCGGGCAGCUCCACAAAGACGAACGGGCGCAACGCUCCAAAGUCAAGACCAGUCUACAAAGACGCAAUGACGCAGACGGACGAAGAUGGUAGCACACAGACACGGACUUUUAUCAAACCACGGGAGAUGAAGCCUCCAAUGUCAUUUAAACGCAGACUUUUACAACAAGCACAGGAGGAUAAGCUGCAGCGCGAGCGGAUGCGUUCUACGUCCGUCAAGAUGGAGAGCAGAUCCCCAACUCUGAAGGAUGUGUCUCCAAACAAGCCUUCAUCACUCCCUCCAUCCCCACCCCUCGAGGAACCUUUGGCUAUGGAUUUGUCAACAGAACCGGUAUCUGACUCGAGACACAAAGAGCUGACACCAGCUAAAGAGUCUCCUCCGACGCCCACUGUUGAUGUGGAGAUGGAUGAAGGUGAAGAAGCCACUACAUCGAAACCCUCUGAGCCCAAGGACGAAGAACUUCCCGAUGCACCAGCCCCAGAGCCCUCGCUAGGAGCUUCGCAUCUUCCCAUACAGGCGCGUGCGCCGCCGUGGUCCUCGUCGAUAGCCGCAGAGCCAUCACCCAAAUCUACAUCAAGACCAUCAUCAUCACCAGCGCCCUUUGAUCCCCAGGUGGAAACUCCUGCAAAGCUUGACUUGAACAACUCCACCAACAACCACGUCGCUAGUCCGGGUGUUAUGCCCACUGUUGUGACAGAUUGCGCUACCCCACAGUCUCCGAGCUCGGUGACCAUCGUAUCGCCAUUCUCACCUGCUGUCCACAACGCACUUAAGCCUGCGCCUGCGCGCAAGAAACUCAGCUUGAGCGAUUACACCAACAGACGGAAACUUGCGCAGACUCAUCCAACGGGGUCAAACUCGACCCCGCCACUCGGACCUUCGCAAUUAACCAGCUCUCCAACGCUCUCAACAGCAAGCUUGCCAAAUAAUGGUUCGCCACCACCCAAGGCCGCCUCACCGGCACUGCCAACUGUAACGGAGGAGGCCAAGGCCAUCGACACCGGGGCUGCGACGACGACGACUGCAACCACUUCUACUUCCACAUGA